UAGAAUUUAAUGCUCAUUUAUGAGCACUUUCGCGUUAGAAAAUUGAAUCACAAUGACGGUGUAAAAAUUUUUAAGUGCUUUGUGUAUGUGUUAUUUUAUUUAAAUUAUUUAUAAAAUGGCAAGUGGAAUAAUGACAAUAAAAAGUUCAAUGAUCUUGACCAUAGUCUUGCUGAUAAUAGAAUCAAGUAAUGCACAAUGGCAGCCUUGUAUAGAAUUAAAGCAGGAUUUGCACAUCCCCUGCAAAUGUUCGCAAUCACCAGAGCAUCCGCAGUCGUUACGCAUGGACUGUGAUCGGGUGAUAUUCACCCGAGAGUCCUUGGAAUUGCUGAGAGACCAGCCAGUUAUUUCAAUAAGCCGUCGUCACAGUGGAUAUCAAAAAUUACCCGAGGAUUUAUUGAGCUCGGGAUUCCAAUUGGAGAAGCUCGAUCUCACCGGUAAUUCGAUUCAGCGGCUGAUGGAUCGCAAUUUGCAGCUGCAGAGCCACUUGAAAGAACUCCGUCUCGGGGACAAUUUGCUCGGUGAUAAUCUAAACCCCAUUUUCUCCAGCAACGAAUUUCGCGAGCUGGCUGAGCUGAAGCUUCUAGACCUUCACGGUAAUGGACUGAGAAGUAUCGAGGAGGGAAUAUUCAAAGGCUGCAUGAACUUGGAAGAUCUUUAUCUUGAUGAUAACAAUUUGACAACUGUGCCAGCAGACUCUUUGAAAGGUCCGCGGGCCAUCAGAAUCCUUUCUCUCGCCGGGAAUAGUAUAGGUUCAUUACCAAGGAAUGCCUUUGGAAGUCUUGGAGAAUCUCUUUUGCGUGUUGACCUGAGUCGCAAUGAGCUGUUACACAUGGAAGACGACGCUCUUGUUGGUUUAAAGCACCUGCUCUUCUUGAAUCUCUCUCGCAACGAUCUCACUCGAUUCAACAGCGACGUAUUCAAAGGUGCUCACAAUUUACUACAAUUGGAUCUGUCGACAAACUUUCUCCAAGAAUUUCCAUCAGAUGCACUUAGACACCUGACGAGAUUGAAAUUCCUCAACAUAUCCAACAAUCUGAUCACUGAGAUCGAGAGGAGUCACUUGAUGGAUUUGACGGAACUGCAAGUGCUGGAUUUGAGCAAAAACAAUAUCGGACGGUUAGGAGUUAAUGCAUUUGCGAAUCUUACGGCGCUUGCACGUCUCGAUUUAAGCCUCAAUGCACUUAGGACGGUUGAAGAGUCAGCAUUCGAAGGUCUAGUGAAUUUGAAAUGGCUAUCACUGCAAGACAACAACAUUCUACUAGUACCAGGAGCAGCAAUUAGCCGCCUUCCGUCGUUGACUCAUCUCCAUUUAGAGUUUAACCGGAUAGCAGCUGUCUCGAAUGACUUACUGCGAUCCGCCGCAGCGAACCUCGUUUCGCUGGCAAUGACAAGAAAUUUAGUUCGUGAAAUACCGCCGAGAAUGUUUCUCAACUUCGACAAACUCAUUAGCAUCGAAAUGUCGGGUAACAUGCUAUCAUCGCUUGCGCAGCAAACGUUCGUCGGACUUGAAGACACUCUUCUGAAUCUAGAUCUCUCUAAUAACCGUCUGGUCUCGAUAGCGCCGCUUGCGUUGAAGAAUUUACUGUCUCUCAAUUUAGCAUCCAAUCACCUGAAACGAUUAACUCCAGAUACUUUUGCUAAUUUAUCAAAGUUGAAGUAUCUAAACAUCAGUGAGAAUCCAUUAUACGGAGGAUUUCCACCGGUUUUCCCGUCAUCUAUAGUAACUCUUGAUGCUUCGAGAACAGGUUUAAAAAUUUUACCGACAGUACUAUUACUUAAUCUUGAUUCAUUGGCUAAAUUACACCUGGCUUACAAUCAUCUACAAGAGCUCGGUGAAGGAACUUUCCAACAUCUUUACAAUUUAACUCACGUUGAUUUGUCGAAUAAUAUUAUUGAGAGAAUAGACAAUGGCGCAUUUGUGGGUCUUAUCAAUUUGUAUGAAUUAAAUCUCAAGGGCAACCGGUUAACAAAUUUUGCUGGUGAAUAUUUCAAUACUGGAACAGGUUUGGAGAUAAUUGACUUGUCUGAUAAUGCUAUAAGUUAUAUAUCACCAACGGCAUUUGUUAUUCAUCCACGUUUACGUGUUUUGCGAUUAAAUGGUAACCGAUUUUCAAAAUUCCCAAGUGAAUUCGUAAAACCACUGCAAUUUUUAGAGAUGAUUGAUUUAUCCGAGAACGCGCUCAAAAAUAUCGGAGAGUUUGCGUUCUCACAAAUGACACGACUAAGAGAAUUAGAUUUGUCUGACAACAAAAUAGAAUCUGUCGAUGAAUUGGCCUUUCACAAUUCGACGCAGCUGCAAUUUAUUGAUUUAUCGAACAACAUAAUUGACAGUUUGAGCGAGAGAACAAUGGAAGGUGUUGUGAGAAUUGAAUUUUUAAAUCUGCGUAAUAACAAACUUACGACACUUCCCGACACUAUUUUUGAUACCUCACGUGUCAAGGCGGUUGAGAAAAUUGAUUUGGCUGAUAAUAAAUUUGCUGAGAUACCAAUACGCGCAUUGCAAAGACAAUCAUCGUCAUUGAAUUAUUUAAAUAUGGCAAGAAAUAAGAUGGUCGCAGUAUUUACCCAAGAAAUAAUCGGCAGCCUUAAAGAUUUAGAUUUAUCACAAAAUCCGUUGAGUGAAAAUGCUAUUAAAAGUAUUUUAGGCGAAGCUAAAAUAUUACGUUCACUCAAUCUCGCUCACACAAAUAUCAAGAGUAUAAGCAGACUGGAGACUCCAUUUUUGAAGUCAUUAAAUUUAUCGGGAAAUAAUUUAUCAGAAGUAAGGCCUUCAGCGCUGGAACGAGCAACACUCUUGGAAACUCUAGAUCUGUCUAAUAAUAACAUCGAAGACUUUGCGAGUCUCUCCAAUACAUAUAAAGUCCUUCCAGUCUUACGCAAUCUUGAUGUGUCGAGCAACAAAGCGAAGAAUGUAAACGAGAGUAGCUUCGAAGGCUUGGAAAAGUUACGCAAUCUCAAGAUGUCGAAUCUCUUGCAGGUAACGAGAAUUGAGAAGAGUGCAUUCAAAGGUCUCAAUAAACUAAAAACACUAAUCGCGUACGAUUAUCCCCGUCUCGGAUACUUUGACGUCCAGGGAAUUCUCAAAGACAUGCACGACCUCCAAAUACUUGACGUAGAAAUAAAAGACUCGACAGUAGGAAAUGAUCUGCUGACCAUCCGAUUGCAUCCACGGCUUCAAGAGCUGACUCUCCGCGGUGAAAGGCUCAAGAAUAUUUUAUCAAGCGCUCUCGCUGGUGUAAGAAAUUCCCACCUAAAACUAGGCUUAAAGAACUCGUCAAUAGAAUCGCUCCCCGCGGCAAUAUUCUUCCCGAUACCGCGAUCGACUCAAGUGGAUCUCGAUAUUUCUGGCAGCAAGUUUUCAUCAAUCCCAGCUCAGUUUAUCAGCGCUCUGGACGAAAGAAGCGGAAUGGUCCGAGUCCAAGGACUGGACACCAAUCCCAUAAACUGCGACUGCGAAGCUAAACAUCUUUGGCGAUGGCUAAGAAUGAUUUCAACAAAUUUACAAGUCCGCUGCAAAAGUCCUAUUCAUCUCUACAACAAACACUUGAUUGACUUGACCGAAGAUCUUUUAUCGUGCGAACGCUCAACAACCCCGAGGUUCAUAACAACUCAGACGACUCCAUCAACCAGAUACACGGCCUCUGAACCCGACAUCAUAUGGACCGUAGCUCCAACUCCCCCGGACACCAGAAAUAAACACUAUCCAGACAUGAAUGGCCCCGCAGUCUCGGGGUCAACUACCACAGACGAUACUUUGAUUAUCGCGAUUGUCGGCGCAGUUGUUGUCAUUAUUCUGAUAACAUUAAUCAUCAUCUGCAUGUGCUGGUUAAAGUGUUGCAGGCCAGUUAAUGACGCUCGCAUGACCACCAUGGCCUCGAGUAUCCACGACGCCUCAGUCCUACGACCUGGAAGUGUUUACUCUGGUAAAAUAAACCACGAAGCGUACGUCGGGUCUACGUACAAUGGCUCGACAUUGGGCCAUGGCAAUGGACACACUGGACCAAAUACUCCCGUACAAAUUUUACCAUAUGUGCAGCCGAUGCAUGUCAUGCAUCCAGUUCAUGCGUCGACGCCCCAGCAACCUAUUUAUGGUUACUACGGCGAAAACCCACCUCUCCCUCUGUAUGUUUGUGCUUCUGAUGAUAAAUUCAACAGAUAGUCUACAUGUAGUUACAAAGAAAAAAACAUUUUAUUUAAUUAUACUAUUAUUUAUAUAAAAAUAAUUUUUAUAUUUUAUCGAAACAGAUUUAUUACGCAAAGAUGCAUUUAAAUUUUUCAUAUUUUGUAAAUAUAUUUUUAAGAUUAUUAUGUAAUUUAUAUUUUAAAUGUAUUGAAUUUUUUAAUAGUUAUGUAAUUACAUAAAAAUAUUUAAAAUAAUUAAUUAAAUUACUAAGAGGUAAAUAAAUUUUGAAUAAAAUAAA